UGUUCACAGAGCGGAUAACUACCAUUUCUCAGGAGCAAACCAAUGGUGGCCGUUUAUCAGUUACAAAAUAUCAGCCACUCUCCUUAGUCCUCACCUCACUUUGCUACACGAAGAUCCUUUCGACUUGUAACCUUCAAAGAAGAGCUCUGCAGCGCAGAAAUGGUGCUUAGCUCAGUGAUCUCGAUUUACUACAACAAUGGCGCUUCAGCUCCAUUCCCCAUAACCACCAUGUCUCUUUCUUCCUUCAAUUAUCAUCCCUCCUCUUUGACUUCCUUGUCAUAUUCUCUCUCCAUUCCUUCACCGUAUUCGCUCCAUCUGUCAUCGCUACGAUGUUCUUCAAGAACUCAACCAAGGAGAAACCCUAAACCAAAGGGAUUUAGGGUGAAUUGUUUGGCUGGCGAACCAUUGAAGGUGAUGAUAUCAGGGGCCCCAGCUUCGGGGAAAGGAACUCAGUGUGAGUUGAUCGUCCAGAAGUAUGGAUUGGUGCACAUAUCAACUGGAGAUCUUCUAAGAGCUGAAGUAUCAUCAGGGACAGAGAUUGGAAAUAAAGCAAAAGAAUAUAUGGAGACUGGCCGUCUAGUUCCAGAUGAGAUUGUCAUUGCUAUGGUGAAAUCACGAUUAUCACAACAAGAUGCAAAGGAGAAAGGAUGGCUCCUUGAUGGAUACCCACGAAGCUCAGCCCAAGCACAAAGUUUGGAACAAAUGAAGAUUAGACCAGACAUAUACAUUGUCUUGGACGUUCCUGAUGAAAUUCUAAUCGACAGAUGUGUUGGAAGAAGGUUGGACCCAGUGACUGGAAAAAUUUACCAUAUAAAGAAUUUUCCCCCAGAGUCGGAGGAAAUCAAAGCAAGGCUUGUAACCCGUACUGAUGAUACUUCAGAGAAAGUGAAAUCACGACUAACAACUUAUAAGAAAAAUGCUGAAGCUAUCUCUUCAACGUACUUGAAUAUACUGAAUAAGAUAGAUGGAAAUCGUCCAAAAGAUGUAGUUUUUGGGGAGAUAGACUCUCUGCUGCUGCGACUGCAAAAGGAUAAGGUGGAGACAAAAAAAUUAGGAAUAUCAAUUCCUGAAAGUGACAUUCGUUCAAGUUUGGUGUCUUCAAGUCCGGAUAAUUGGAGAGGAAUUCCUACUCGAUUGAAUAAUAUUCCUCAUUCUAGAGAAAUAAGAAAGUAUUUCUAUGAUGAUGUGCUACAAGCUACCCAAAGGGCCAUUAAUGAUGGAGGAAUUCGAUUGAAGGUGGAAAUUAGCAUUCCAGAGCUGAAUCCAGAAAUGGAUGUUUAUCGAAUUGGUACUUUAAUGGAACUUGUUCGGGUUCUUGCUCUUUCAUUUGCUGAUGAUGGAAAACGUGUGAAGGUUUGUGUUCAAGGAUCAAUGGGAGAAGGUGCACUUUCUGGGAUGCCAUUGCAGCUUGCUGGAAGUCGAAAUAUUUUGGAGUUCAUGGAUUGGGGGGAUUAUGGUGCCAAGGGGACCUUUAUCAACAUUGGUUCUAUAGGUGCGAAAGAGGUUAGUGAACAAGAUGACAUAUUUAUUCUGGUGGCACCUCAAAAUGCUGUUGGAAAUUGUAUUAUUGAUGAUCUAAAAGCUAUGACUGAUGCUGCUGGUAGCAAACCUGUUAUUCUUAUCAAUCCAAGGCUCAAGGAUCUACCUGGUUCAAGUGGCAUUAUGCAAACAAUGGGGAGGGAUAAGAGGUUGGAGUACGCAGCAUCAUUCCAAAGUUGCUAUUUCUUCCGACUUCUUUACUAUGCUGGAACUCAGUACCCAAUUAUGGGUGCUCUCAGGAUGUCCUAUCCAUACCGAUAUGAACUCUAUAAGCGGGUUGAUGAACCUUCUGGGAAGGAAAAGUACGUCAUUCUUGCCACAUUUCCGGAAAAGCCAAAUGUUGAUGAAAUUAAUAACGCUUUCGAAGGAAAGCCAAGAAACCAAGAAAAAAGAGCCUCAGGAAUUUGGGGUUUCUUGAGUGGCAUUCUCUAAGUAAAAGGAGUAAAAGGGGGUAUCAUGCUUGUAAUUAUUACAAUUCCCUCAUGCAGAUCUCUAUGAUAAAAGGGUAUGGUAAAGGCAGGGGUUAUGUCUGUGAAACAAGUUAGUCUCAUAUUUCAGUUGAUUCAUUUAGAGUUUAUUUUCAUUUUUGUUUUCAGGAAUCUUGAAUUGUGCACUGAAAACACAUAAGAAGUGUGCACAAUAUAUUUCACUAAAAGGUAGGUAAAGUUACCUCCUUUUUGUUUCCUCUUGAACAUAUUCUUGUGCAGGUGGUGCAGAUAUGUAAAAGAAUUUUGUAUCUAAUUCAAUGAAAUGAUAGUUUUACUGGCUAA